AUGUCCAGCUUCCUGGCCUGUGUAGUUUUGCUUGUCAGACUCAUCAGUGCUAAGCCCACAGAGAAAGCAACUCCUACCAUACCAGAAGAUGUCAAAGCCCCAUUCCAGCUGGUUCAGCACAGUGUCUGGGAGGAAAACAUAAACUAUACUAGCUUGCCUUGUGAGGAGCUGAAGAACCAGACAUCAAUCAUCUUGCAUAUGCAGAAUCAAAAUCUCACUUCCUUCCCUGAAUGUCUGCCAGAGCUUCUGGAACAUCUGGAUUUGAGUCUCAAUCUUUUGCCAGAACUAAAUAGCCAAGAUGUGGCUUAUUUGCCCAAACUGCGAAUCCUCUCCUUGAGAGAAAAUCAGAUCCACAGGGUGAUAUGGGGGACUGGAAACCUCAGCAGUCUUCAGUUUGUGGAUCUGAGCUUCAAUUUGCUCUCGAUUGUACCUGCCUGCGUUACUUCUUUGGACAAUCUGAGGUGGUUGUCUCUAGCGGGAAACCCUAUCAGAGAGAUCCAGCCGUUCGCUUUCUCCUGCUAUCCUCAGCUGCAUUUCCUGAACUUGUCGUCCACGUGGCUGGGAAAAGAUGGGAAAAUGGGAAUUCUGGAAUCUGCUUUUGCAAUUAACUUGUCCCGCCACCCAGAGUCCACUGAAAAAGCCAGAAAAGCUCCGAUCGGUGUCCUGGACCUCAGUGCAACCUUCCUAGAGAGGAUUCACGAGGACUGGAUCAAAGAUCUGCCACAGCUCACCUCCUUCUAUCUAACACAAAUGCCCAAGCUAAGAAGACUGGAUCCAGCUGUUUUCCGCGAUGUGCCCAUGCUAAGAGAAUUGAACUGCCAAGAUUCCCAUGCACUGAGUCUAGUGGAAACCGAGUCAUUCCAUCACAUACCUCGUGUGGCCUUCCUAAUAUUUAAAAACUGUAACUUGAGCACCUUCAGCCCAUGGAAUCUUACUUCAUCGCACACCCUUUCCGUCAACCUCUAUGGAAAUCCUUUGGUUUGUCAUUGUGCAAUUUCUUGGUUGUUCUCAAACCCUGACACAGUAGUUCUGCAGAGGGCAUCAGAAACCAUGUGCUAUUUUUCUCCAGAAGAUAAAGAAACAUCUUCAUCUAUGCUGUUAUCCAAGCUUUAUGAUAAGUGUCAAGCUCAGACAACCACACAUUCAGCCUCAUCUUUGGUUCAAGGCAAACUUUACCACACCCCUACCAGCAUCGCUACAGAAAUAUUGGCCAACUCCAGUAGUUUGCCUCAAAAGUCUCUCAGCGAUUCCUUCACCCCUCAAAGCACAUCUUUUACCUGGAGAGAUCUAACAUGGAAGGAUCCAAGUAAGGCAGACAUUCUUGCUUAUAAAGAGCAGGCAGUUCAUAGAUCUACUAAUCACCCAUUGACUGUUGCACCUCUUACAACAGAGUUCUCAACAAUCAUGGGAAAACUCUCUAUUGAGCAAACUGUAGUGAGCACAACUGAAAUAAAUGAAAGGGAACAAGAUACCACAACACUGCACCAGUCUGCUUUGUACAGUUUUACAACUGAAGUGACAGAAACAUCUUCCUCCGAAGUUUCCAGUGAUUUGUUCAUUUCGUACAGAAACACAGAUUCAAACGAGAAUGAUCUAUCCCUUCAGGAUCCCACCAAAUCUACCGCCUUUCCAAAUCUUGCAUCUACUAAUAGUCUACCAGAUUAUACAGAUGACUAUGACUAUGAAAACCAGCAAGUGGCAUCUGUAGCCCAGACCAUGGAUUUGUGUGAUUAUGAUCCAUGCAGGCAUCUCCAGAAGCCUUGUGUUGACCUCCAAAAGUUGUCUUCCUGCCUGUGCCCAGGCAUGUCGGAUGAAUUCACCAUCCCAGAUCCGCCAAGAUUUCAUGAAGUAUCUGAAAUGAGGGACACUUCAGCCCAGAUCCACUGGUGUUCCCCAAAUUCUGCAGUAAGAUUCUAUCAGCUUGCCUACCGUCCUAAAGGCAGCAAAAAGAAUUACACAAAUUCUGGAGAGAUUUAUGCCACCGCUAGGCGGUACACUCUUUAUAACCUUCUGCCUGGUUCCACCUACCAGGUAUGUAUAAUUGCUUGGAACAAGGCAGGAUCAAGCCACACUGCAGCCUGGAAUGAGCAUAACGCUCCAUGCAGCACCUUUGUAACCAAGUCCAGCUACACAUCUAUCUUUGCGGCUCUGUGUGCAACAAGUGGGAUCUUUCUCAUAGCUACCAUAUUACUGUCAAUAUGUCUGUGCAAAAAAUAUAAGACACCACACAUAGAGCAAUAUAACACACAUCUAGUGUCUUAUAAAAAUCCUGCUUUUGAUUAUUCCAUAAAAUAA